UUGUGCUUAUUCAGAAAAACAAUCAUGACGUUAAAAGUGAGAUGUGUUUAGGACAAUUGACAUGUAUAAGGUUGAAUGGACAGAAGCUCAGUGCACAGUUUGGACGUCGCACAUCUGUGACACAGAAAACUUAGCACCCUGUUGUCGUUUUGUUGAAAGCCACCUAAUUAACUCGUGUACAAGAGACAUACUUGUAAUUGUGUGACUUUGCUCUUUGUUGUGACUGUAACCAGGCGGAGGCCGCCCUCACUACACUGUGUGGGCACCUUCAGCUGGAGCACCUCGCUCUGAGGACCCCGGUGAUAAUCUAAACAGCUGAGCACAGAAAUAGCCGCGGCGGUGCCUCUUAUGGCCGACACUAACACGGUGACAACAACUGUGCCCCUCCUCAUCAACAGCACCAGCAACGCCACCAGGUCGACCUCUGCACAGGUGGCCACGGUCAUCAACUGGCUGACCUUCAGCAUCGGGCUGCCCGCCAUUGGACUGGCUAUUUACGCCCUCAAGAAUCUGUCCAAAGGUUUGUUGUUACAUAGUGGCAAUAAAAUUCCCAUCCACGUCAUGUUCCUCCUGGUUUCUGACGUCAUCAGUUUCUUCGGUCGCCCCCGUGUGGACGAGGACAUGAACAGCGAGACCAUCCUGUCCUCCAAUGCCACAGACUUCAUCUUCUACUUCGGUGUCAUCUCCAACAUCGCCCUUAUGCUGUUUAUAGCUCAUGAGCGACACGUCUCAGUGUCUUACCCGCGGUGUCUUGGCUGCUGCAGCAGAAUCCGGCGGUUCCCUGCUGUGGCCCUGGUGGCGUGGGCUGCUCCGCUGGCCGUCCUCGCCCUGGCCGUGCUCGAUUACAAACUCUGGUUUGCGGUGGCCCUCCUCGCCCCUUUCCCCUUCCUCCUCUUCUUCGCCCUGGACUCCUGGAGAGCCCUGAUGUGCUCCAACCACCGGACACCAGAGAGGAAGAGGGCAGUGUGGGGGAUUGGUGCUAUCUGGGCCAAUUACACCCUCCUCUACAUCCCCUUCAUCCUCAGUAUCCUGCUGGAGGCUCUGGCGUUUAAAGAGGCGGUGAGCUACCUGGGCCUGGUGUCUCACCUGCUGCUGUACCUCAGCCCUCUGGUCGACCCCUUCCUCUAUAUAUUCAUGACCAAAGGGCUCACGGAGGUGAUGCAGGCGCUGCCCUGCUGGCACCAUCAGAAGGAGAACAGGACGCCCACUGUGGAGUCUGUGGCUGAGGCUGUGGAGACGAGACUCUGAGGAGAAGAUACAGAUUUCCAAACACUUUCACCGCUUUAGUUUGGAGGAUAACUCGUACUCCUGUUGGAUUUCACAGACUAAAACAUAAAAUAACCUUCAGUUAAAGACAUUGAAACCAUAAGAUCUUAAAAAAUCUAUACACAAAGAAGGAUUCUGCUGGAAAACGAGUUCCCCUUUAAGAGACACAUCUGUGUAUGUCCAUUCAACAAUGAGCUGUACCACUAAUCAUCUGAGGGAGGAUUUAACAAUUUAAAAGACAGGACAAAUUUUACACAAAAACCAUAAGAGCUUUUCCAUCGUUUGUCUUUGUAAAGGGAAAAUACAACACAUGCCCAUUCUCUACAUCCUUUACAUUUUCCCACCACCACUCAGGGCCAUUAAAUUCUAUUUGAUCCUAUUCUAUUCUAUUUAAACCACAGCUGCAGUUCUGUGUCUUCUGUUCAUGUCCACUUUUAACUUGGCCUUGGGCCGUAGAAGGGAAGAAUAACAGGAACAGUGACGUGUGUCCGUCUCCACAGUUGUGGUAUAAAAGCACACGACUAUAUGAGCGGCGGCUUGUUGUUGAGUGUCCUGCAGGUGUUUAACAAAACUAGAAAGACUCUUGUGGAGGAUUCAGAUGUUUUCCAGAAAAUACCGGAAAGCUACUGGCUGUUAGAUACUGUUUUCCUACAGUGUUACCAACCGACUGACUGACCAACUGACCGUCUGACCAACUGA